GAAGUGGGGCGGAAGCACAUUCGUCUGCACAUGGAAGGCACGCUGACUGCCCGGGACAAGGUCGGGGUGCAGGAUUUUGUGUUGUUGGAUGCCUACACCAGUGAAUCUGCUUUUCUGGACAAUCUUCGCAAGCGUUUCAGCGAGAACCUCAUCUAUACAUAUAUUGGGACCCUCCUUGUGUCUGUGAACCCAUACCAGGAGCUUGGAAUCUACACUGUGAGCCAGAUGGAACUUUAUCAAGGGGUCAAUUUCUUUGAACUGCCACCGCAUGUCUACGCCAUAGCUGACAACGCUUACCGCAUGAUGUGCUCUGAGCUAAAUAACCACUUCAUCCUCAUUUCUGGAGAGAGCGGGGCAGGGAAAACGGAGGCCUCCAAGAAGAUUCUCCAGUAUUUUGCAGUGACCUGCCCAAUGACUGAGUCACUACAAAUAGCCCGUGACAGACUGCUACUCUCCAAUCCAGUGCUGGAGGCUUUUGGAAAUGCCAAAACACUCCGGAAUGACAACUCCAGCAGAUUUGGAAAAUACAUGGACAUACAGUUUGACUUUAAGGGCAUUCCUGUAGGCGGGCAUAUCAUCAGUUACUUGAUAGAAAAGUCUCGAGUCGUCUAUCAAAAUCAGGGUGAGCGGAAUUUCCACAUCUUCUACCAGCUGCUAGAGGGUGGAGAAGAGGAGCUCCUUGCUUACCUGGGACUUGAGCGAGACCCCCAGCUGUAUAAAUACCUCUCACAGGGCCACUGUGCCAAAGAGUCGUCUAUUAAUGACAAGAACGACUGGAAAACGGUUUCCAAUGCCUUUUCUGUCAUCGAUUUUACUGAAGAUGACCUUGAGAAUCUCUUUGGAAUUAUUGCCAGUGUCCUACACCUGGGGAACAUCUGUUUUGAAGAGAACCAGCAAGGCUGGGCCUCCAUACCAGACACCCACGAGAUCAAACGGAUUGCCAAGCUCCUAGGGGUCCACCCAUGGGUCCUUCUGGAAGCUCUCACCCAUAGAAAGAUUGAAGCCAAAACGGAGGAGGUGAUAUGCCCAUUGACGCUAGAACUCUCUGCCUACGCUAGAGAUGCAAUGGCAAAGGCCGUUUACGGACGAACAUUUACUUGGCUGGUCAACAAAAUCAAUUCCUCCUUAGUGAACAAGGAUUUCACUGGGAAAACUGUUAUUGGAUUGCUGGAUAUCUAUGGGUUUGAAGUCUUUGACAAGAAUGGUUUUGAACAGUUCUGUAUAAAUUACUGCAAUGAGAAACUCCAGCAACUAUUAAUUGAGAGAACCCUAAAAGCGGAACAGGCAGAAUAUGAAAUGGAAGGUAUAGAGUGGGAGCCAAUUCAGUAUUUCAACAACAAGAUCAUCUGUGACUUGGUAGAAGAGAGACACAAAGGAAUCAUUUCCAUUCUGGAUGAAGAAUGUAUUCGUCCUGGUCCUGCUACGGACUUGAGUUUCCUGGAGAGAUUGGAAGAGAAAGUGGGCAAGCACGCACACUUCCAAACCCGAAAGCUGGCAGGUCCAAAGGGCAGAAAGAGGAUUGGCUGGAUGGAGUUCCGGCUCUUCCACUAUGCGGGAGAGGUCACAUACUGCACCGAGGGAUUCUUGGAAAAAAACAAUGAUCUCCUCUACAGACAUCUGAAAGAAGUGCUGUGCAGGUCCAAAAACAGAAUCCUGAAGGAAUGCUUCCGGGUGGCCGAGUUAGAAAACCGGAGAAGGCCACCAACAGUGGGAACUCAGUUUAAAAACAGUCUGAGCAGCCUUCUGGAAAUUCUCACCUCUAAGGAACCUUCAUACAUCCGUUGCAUCAAGCCCAACGAGAGUAAAGAACCCAGCAAGUUCGAUGACUUCCUCAUAAGGCAUCAGGUCAAGUACCUGGGGCUGAUGGAGCACCUGCGGGUGAGACGGGCCGGCUUUGCGUACCGACGGAAAUACGAGCAUUUCUUGCAAAGGUACAAGUCCUUGUGCCCAGACACCUGGCCGCACUGGCACGGGCCUCCAGCAGAGGGCGUAGAGCGGCUGAUCAAGUACAUUGGCUACGAACCCGAGGAGUACAAGUUAGGGAGAACCAAAAUAUUCAUUCGCUUCCCCAGAACUCUGUUUGCUACUGAAGAUGCCUUUGAAUUUAGUAAACAUCAAUUAGUUGCGAGAAUCCAAGCCACGUACAAAGGCUGCCUGGAAAGGAGAGCAUACGUGAGAAAAAGACAAGCAGCCAUUAAACUUGAAGCCCACUGGCGUGGAGCCCUGGCUCGGAAGGAGGCCAAAAGGAGAAAGUGGGCUGUGCAGAUUAUAAGAAAGUUCAUAAAGGGAUUCAUCCAUCGCAACAAGCCCCUCUGUCCUGACAAUGAGGAGUUCAUCGUGUUCGUGCGGAAGAAUUACAUCUUGAAUCUUCGGUAUCAUGUCCCAAAGAACGUCUUGGACAAGAGCUGGCUGAGGCCUCCUGGCAUCUUGGAAAAUGCAUCGAAUCUGCUCAGGAAAAUGUGCAUGAGGAACCUGGUCCGGAAGUACUGCCGAGGGAUCACAGCCGAGAGGAAAGCCCUGAUGCAGCAAAAGGUGGUUACAAGUGAAAUAUUCAGGGGAAAGAAAGAAGGCUAUGCAGAAAGCUUAAAUCAACCCUUUGCCAACAGCCGAAUAGAUGAAGGAGACAUUAAUCCCAAAGUGCUUCAACUCAUCAGCAGUGAGAAAAUCCAGUACGGUAUCCCGGUCAUUAAAUACGACAGGAAAGGCUUCAAGACACGGCAGAGGCAACUCAUUCUCACUCAGAAAGCAGCUUACGUGGUGGAACUUGCCAAAAUCAAGCAGAAAAUAGAGUACCCUGCGCUCAAAGGUGUCUCUACCAGCAGCUUCAGCGACGGAAUCUUAGUCAUUCACGUUUCCCCAGAAGACAACAAGCAAAAGGGGGAUGCCGUCUUACAGUGCAAACACAUAUUUGAGGCAGUUACUAAACUCGUCAUGCUGGUUAAGAAGGAGAACAUUGUAAAUGUUGUUCAGGGAAGUUUACAGUUUUAUAUUAGUCCUGGAAAAGAAGGCACAAUAGUUUUUGACACCGGACCAGAAGAACAAAUCUAUAAAGAUAAAAACGGACAGUUAACAGUGGUGAGUGGCCGUGUCUGGGGAAGGGGAGGUGUAAGCAGUUUUAAAUAAGACUACAGGUUAAAAUUCUCCCAAUUUCAGUCCUCCUGUAGAUUGACCAGAAUCAUUAUCUAGUUUAUUUCUCCCUCUG